CGCUAAUUAACAUAUUGACCGGAGGAGGACAAUCGUUCUCAAAUGGUGAGACGGCUUCACCUUCACUUGCAGUUGCAGAGCCACCGGCUACUCCCAGUUCCAGUUCUACCCCGCCUACUCCGACCCACUUCUCCUCGAGAAACUUCGAGCUCCUCCGCCCACUGGAGCCUUCUCACCCGUCCUCCACCUCUUCCAGUUCCGGCAUCAGUGCCCGUAGCCAAUAGGAAGGCAUCGGUUGCUCGAUCAGUCGCCACGACCUCCGCUUCAGCUCCCCAAGAAAUGGUGAAGGCCAUUAGGGUUCAUGAGCUCGGGGGACCCGAGGUUCGCCCCGUUUCCUUCUUCCUUCUCCCACGCUGCUAUCUUCGAUCUGAUAUAGGGUCGGGUCCAGGUUGCUGGCAAUCAGUAUUGAAAUGGGAGGACGUAGAAGUAGGUGAGCCCAAGGAGGGGGAGAUUCGCGUGAGGAACAAAGCAGUGGGGCUUAACUUCAUCGAUGUGUAUUUCCGCAAAGGCGUGUAUAAAGCAUCCACUAUGCCCUUCACUCCAGGUAUGGAAGCUGUUGGUGAGGUGGUAGCUGUAGGCCCCGGGCUGACUGGAAGAAAAGUCGGGGAUCUCGUAGCCUACGCUGGCAACCCAAUGGGCUCAUAUGCCGAAGAACAGAUACUCCCUGCAAGUAAAGUUGUCCCAGUUCCUCCUUCCAUCGAUCCUGUUACUGCAGCUUCUGUGAUUCUCAAGGGCAUGACAGCACAGGUUCUUCUCCGACGCUGCUUUAAGGUUGAGCCUGGGCACACGGUACUUGUCCAAGCAGCUGCUGGUGGAGUAGGAUCUCUUCUCUGCCAGUGGGCAAAAGCACUUGGUGCCACAGUGAUCGGAACUGUCUCAACCCAAGAGAAGGCAGCCCAAGCUAGGGAAGAUGGAUGUCACCAUACUAUAAUCUAUAAAGAAGAGGAUUUUGUUUCUCGUGUCAAUGAAAUCACUUCAGGCAAUGGAGUUGAUGUCGUGUAUGACUCAGUUGGAAAGGACACCUUUCAGGGGUCUUUGGCAUGCUUGAAGGUUCGAGGCUACAUGGUGAGUUUUGGGCAGUCGUCAGGCACCCCAGAUCCAGUCCCAUUGUCAGCUCUUGCACCAAAAUCCCUCUUCCUGACGAGGCCAACUUUGAUGCUAUACACCGGUACCCGGGACGAACUGCUUGCCUGUGCUGGGGAGGUCUUCAGUAACGUUGUAUCCGGUGUUCUGCGAGUUCGGAUCAACCACACUUACCCGCUCUCGGAGGCAGCUAAGGCACAUGCCGACCUCGAGAACCGGAAGACAUCUGGUUCGGUUGUUCUCAUACCGUGAAAGCAAAAUGGCGGUAGAGAAAAAUAAGAAACUCAAGUCAUGAAGGGGAUUGUGUGGGAAUAUAUAUAUCUAUGAGCUUUGUAUGUUCAGUCUAGUUACCAUGUCUAGUCCAGGGAACUAUGGGAGAAUGAGAACUAUGCCAAUAGUAAGGUGUAAGAUCUCGAACUGUGUUGUCGGUCGGGCCGAGUUAAACUAAAAUACGUACCGGUUAAUUAAUUCGUAAGCAGGCUUUUCUUUAAA